UGUAUGUAUGUGUGCGGACGACGAGAAAGAGAGAGAUAAGUUGAACGAAUGACGAGUAUGUGUAAGAACGUGAGAACAAAAAAUGAAGGCAGGAAGAAAGAUAUCGUGGUUUUUCGUUUGCGAACUGCGAGCUCGUGUUUGUUGCACGUGCUUUCUCAUAUAACACCUGGAAUUAUUCGAAAACAUCGAGCUUCGAUAAAUCCAUAACUACGAGAGUGAAAAUGAGUUUCCAAUGACGAUUCUCUAUGAUCCCACUCGUAAGAAAGAACCUUCUAUGGGUGUAUCACCACAGUAUGGUCAAGAAAGAGAAAUUUGUAUGAAAUUAUUUGAGAAGUGGAGUGAACCAGAACAAGUUCACUUUGUUGAACAAUUAUUAGCACGUAUGUGUCAUUAUCAACAUGGACACAUCAAUGCAUAUCUGAAGCCAAUGCUUCAAAGAGAUUUUAUUUCUCUUUUACCAAAAAAAGGAUUAGAUCACGUGGCAGAGAGUAUUCUUUCAUAUUUGGACGCCGAAUCAUUGACAGCUGCAGAAUUAGUUUGCAAAGAAUGGUAUAGAGUUAUCAGUGAAGGAAUGCUUUGGAAGAAAUUAAUUGAACGUAAAGUCAGGACGGAUUCAGUUUGGAGGGGCCUAGCAGAAAGGAGAGGAUGGAUACAAUAUCUGUUUAAACCUCGACCAGGAGAGAGUCAUCCGAAUCAUAACUUUUACAGAAAUCUUUAUCCCAAGAUUGUUAAAGAUAUUGAUAGUAUAGAUAAUAAUUGGAGAAUGGGUAGAUUUAACCUUCAAAGAAUAAACUGCAGAAGUGAAAAUUCAAAGGGUGUUUAUUGUCUACAAUAUGAUGACCAAAAAAUAGUCUCUGGAUUAAGAGAUAAUACAAUUAAAAUUUGGGACAGAAAUACAUUACAAUGCAUUAAGGUGUUGACUGGUCACACAGGUUCUGUCCUAUGUUUACAAUAUGACGACAAAGCCAUAAUAUCAGGCUCUUCGGAUAGUACAGUAAGAGUGUGGGAUGCGACAACAGGUGAGAUGGUUAGUACGUUGAUACAUCAUUGCGAAGCAGUAUUACAUCUCAGAUUUAAUAAUGGUAUGAUGGUCACUUGCUCGAAGGAUCGUUCGAUAGCAGUUUGGGACAUGACAUCACAGAAGGAAAUUGCAUUGAGAAGAGUACUUGUGGGUCAUAGAGCAGCAGUGAAUGUAGUUGAUUUUGAUGAAAAAUAUAUCGUUUCUGCUAGUGGUGAUAGGACUAUUAAAGUAUGGAAUACAUCCACCUGCGAGUUUGUACGAACGUUAAAUGGACAUAAACGGGGUAUAGCGUGUUUGCAAUAUAGGGAUCGCUUAGUCGUGAGUGGCAGCAGUGACAACACUAUUAGAUUGUGGGACAUUGAAUGUGGAGCAUGUUUACGUGUUUUAGAAGGUCAUGAAGAAUUGGUCAGAUGUAUACGAUUUGACAGUAAACAUAUUGUUAGUGGAGCAUAUGAUGGAAAAAUUAAAGUAUGGGAUUUGGUAGCUGCAUUAGAUCCGCGUGCACUUGCAAAUACUUUAUGUCUGCGUACAUUAGUGGAACAUACUGGACGUGUAUUUCGUCUUCAAUUUGACGAAUUCCAAAUAGUAUCAUCAUCACACGAUGAUACGAUACUAAUUUGGGACUUCCUUAAUUUUAAUCCAUCAAAUGGAUCUGUAUCUAGCGGUCCAGCAGCACCAAUUAAUGCUUUAGCUGCCAACCAAUCUGGUACCAGAUCUCCUUCUCCAUUCGAGUGACUCAUCAACAGGAAGAUUCCUUUAUUGUGAUAUAAUUACAAGUGGUUAGUGAGUGAAUUGAAUGUGUUCACGAUAGUGUACACAAAACAUGAAGAAUAAGUGUCCAGUGUGAACAGCGCCUAAACAGACACAGACAUCCUAAAACUCUUGAUCAUGGACUUUGGUUUGUUAUUUGCAGUGAAACUCGAAAGAAAUUCCCUUGAGAUAGGAGAUAUGUACUGACUUAUAUAAAAAUAUUAAUUAAUUUAUAUGCGCUUGAGGCACACACACUGCGUUUAGUAAUGAACAGUAUAUUAAAACCAUAUAAAUACAUCCCAUGGAUUUGCCGUCUGCUAUGGCCAUAUCUGGAUUUCUUCUACGCUCUAUGAUACGAUAGAAGUUGACCAUUUUACUACUAUGAAAAAGACUUGAAACACGCAACAAAAUGAAAAUGUUUUAGGGAGGCUGGAUACACUUAAUAAGAUAUUAGAUGUAUUAUAGUAAAUUAAUGAUUUUUUUAUAUAAUUAAUUUAUGCUAAGGAAAUUGUAAACUGUUGUCUGAUCGGGAUACUUAUUUUGUGUGAAUGUGAAAAUGCAACUUCAUAAAACAAUUAUGACAAUUAUCAUGUUUCAUCACUUUCAAAGGUAGCUAAGGUGGAUCGCUAUAUCAUGUUAAGUAGCAUUGAUAUAACAUGAAGAACUAAAUGUAUAGAGAGAUUAUUUUUUUCUUUUUUUUUUUCUUUUUUUUGUAGAUACUAUUAUUUUGCAAUAUUCAUUUUACAUAAAAAUGGGUAAAAGUCAACUAUUUCCGCGUUGCCACAUGGCAAAAUGUUAUUUGCAUUUAAAAUAUUAUGUUCGACAUAUACACAGAGAGAUGUAAAUAUUCAUGCAGGCAAUGUAGUAUCUCUGAAACAAUGUAGUUGCUAUAAAAAGUUAUUGUAACUUGAUUAUUGAUCUCGGAUAGAGCAUAAUUUUUAUGUUGUGUGUUUAAUGUGUACUAAUGAUAUUUCUUCGGAUUAAAUAUUGAGGUUAUUUUAUCAAUUUAAAAAUUUCUCUAAAGCAGUAUCGCUCUUAAAUGAAAUUUUAUGUUUAUGUCCAACGUCGAAUAGAUGAUUUUUGUUAUAAUGAUCAAUAGAAAUACAAUAUUGCGUAUAGACAUUUACAUAUGAUCUUAUUAAGCCAUAAAAAGAAAAUUAUUUGUUUUCCAGGUUGUCAUAAAAUGUAAUAAUGUAUUUUAGUAUGUAAUACCACACAGCAGAGAUGAGAUAUUUUUAUCCUGUUGUAAUUUUUAUAAUGUUCCAAAAAAAGAACCGAAGCUUAUUAUACGUAUGUAAUUUCUGAUAUUAACUCAAUACAUGAUUUGGAUUUUGCAUCGUAUAUUUCCAGUGUGUGUGUGUAUAUGUGUACAUAUAUAUAAUAUAUAUGUAUAUGUAUAUACAUACAUAUAUAUACAUAUAUAUACACAUACAUACAUAUAUACAUACAUAUAUACAUACUAUACACAUAUACAUAUACGUAUACAUACAUAUAUAGACGCGCACGCCCGCGCAGCACACACACACUCAUCAAGUAUUAAUGAAAAAUAUUGAACGGAUACAUACGAUAUUUUCGCGAAUAAUAGCUCUUAUCGUGCAAACGUAACAGCAUGUAGCCAAAUUGGGUACAAAAAAUUGUGAUGUUAAAGCUAGGAAUGAUAAUAUGAGAAACUUUCUAUAUAUAACCGUAAGUAUAUACGGGGAUAUGUAUAUACGGGGGUAACAGUGUAAAAUUAUACUUUUAUAAGUAUUUAAUGCAUUCAAAAUUUUUGUGAAAUGUAAAUUGUAGAGAUAUUAUAGAACAAAAUUCUUAUAAAUUAUUAACAUAUUCUUCGUGUGCACAUACCCAAUUAUAUUACAGUUAUGCUGUCUAUGAAUGCACAUAUGUAGAUUUUAUGAGAAACCAUAAACUACAUUUUCCUGCUAAGUGGUACAAGUGUAUCUUUUACUUAGAUUGGGGUCUUAAACCAUUCAAUGAAUAAAGUCAUUAUUAUUAAAUAAGAAUAUAAAGUUCUUUAAUAAAUUGUUUUCAGAUAAAACUUAUUAAGCAAUAUUAUUAAGGAUACUUCAUAUAGAGCCAAAUGUUUCUUAGACAAUAUAUAAGGCAUUGUAGUAGUAAUUAAGGCAUUACAUUUUUUUUUACUCUUUAAAAUCAUUGCACUUAGUAAUAUGGCUUGGUCAUAACUUACAUAUUUAUAGGCAAUGGAGGUAAAGAUGUUGAAAUAUCUAUAAGAAAAAACAUUGUGAUGCUUACUAUUAAUAUUAACAUGAAAUUUCAUGUAUGCAGGUUUAAUUAAGUGAAAAUGAAAUGAAGGCUGUGCAAAAGCUAUAUUCAAAAUAUAAUACCUACACAACUGGAUGAGGCAAUUUUAAUAAGAA